AUGGUUGAGAAGAAGGAGAAGCCCAAAGCCGUUAUCGUAGGAGGGAGCAUUGCCGGAAUAUCUUGCGCUCACACUCUUCUUAAAGCUGGCUGGGAAGUUCAAGUUCUUGAACGAUCUUCCACGCCGCCGACCGGUUGUUCCACCGGUGCCGGACUCGCCCUUGAUCCUCUCUCUCAAAGGCUACUCCAGUCAUGGCUUUCCCGGCCUGAACUUCUCCUCGAAUACAGUUUGCCUCUUGCCACGGAGCAGGUCGAAAUCUCUCCCCUUCGUUCCCUUCAUUCAAUCGAUGGAGAAAGCAAGAGAGCAAGGGUUUUGAGUAAUGACGAGAAUUUCAAUUUUAGAGCAUCACAUUGGGCUGACCUCCAUAGCCUUCUAUACAACGAGCUUCCAUCUGAUAUAUUUCUUUGGGGUCAUCUUUUCCUCUCUCUUUGCAUUUCUGAUGACAAAACGUCUGUGAAAAUCAAAGCAAGAGUUGUGGAAAGUGGUGAAAUCGUUGAAAUAAUUGGGGAUUUGCUUGUUGCAGCUGACGGUUGUCUCUCUUCCAUUCGUCAAACAUUUCUUCCUAACUUCAAAUUGAGGUAUUCCGGAUAUUAUGGUUGGAGAGGGGUUUUUGAUUUCUCAGAGAGAGAGAAUUUGGAGACAGUGAUGAACAUCCGUAAAGCAUAUCCUGAAAUUGGUAAAUGCUUGUACAUGGACUUGGCAUCUAAUACUCAUAUUUUACUCUUCGAGAUUCCAAAGAAGAAAAUCAAUUGGGUUUGGUUUGUUAAUGAACCACAACCCCAACUUAAGGCUAGAUCAAUGAGCAUGAAAGUAAAUGAGACGAUGGUGAAAAAAUUGCACCAACAAGUGGAUGAAAUUUGGGUCCCUGAGCUUGCAAAAGUCGUUAAAGAAACAAAAGAUCCUUUCAUCAAUGUCAUCUAUGAUUGUGAUCCAUUAGAACAAAUAGUUUGGGACAAUGUGGUAUUAGUUGGAGAAGCAGCUCAUCCAACGACUCCUCAUUGUGCAAGAAGCACAAAUAUGGCUUUAUUAGAUGCAUUUGUUUUAGGUGAAUGCCUUCUAAAGUGGGGACUACUUGAUCUAAAAUCAGCCCUUGCUGAGUAUCAGUCUCUCCGGCUACCUGUGAUUUAUGCCCAAGUCCUGCAUUCUCGACACGUCGGUCGAAUAAAGCAAGGUUCGACGCUUUCCGAUCGGGAACGUUUCGACCCCAGUGCAGCUACUACUACGCAAAACUUCCCAGAGCUUCAAAUUAGAAAUACACCUUUCCUUGAUGAUGUUCCUCGAGUGAUUGAUCUAAUUUAA